CAACCGGAUGCUUCAGAUUUGUUACAUCCGGUUAAAUAUCUGCCUCCUUGUUCUAUCUGUGGUGUUAAAGUGGGCGAAUGUCGUCUUUGGUAUUUAAGUGCAAUAGUUUCAGUGACGGUGCUCGUUCGGUCGGUUGGUCAGUCUGAUGGUAAAGAUGCCACUGUGUGGAGGAACCACUGGGCCAAAGGAUGCCACUGAAGAGGUGCAAAAUAUUUGUGAUGAGGUGAGAGAGGAAAGGGGACCGUGUCUGUGUAAGUGGAGUAAUGAACUUGAUUAUCGCCAUUCGCCACCAAAUGUAGCCUAUUAAAAUUGUAGCUAGCUACUAAAAGAUAACCAUGUUGUUACCCACAGAUGAAGCCGCAUGCAGAGCAGAAAACGGGGAGGAAUUUUGACGUUUUCACAGCGAAGACUUACAAGACUCAGUUGGUGGCAGGGACCAACUUCUUCAUCAAGGUAUCAGCUUGAAUAUUUCUUCCUACAUAACACUUCACAUUACUGUCCCCUUAUUACUGUGGUAUGUAAUUAUAGUGUAACAAGUAUUGUAUUUACUCAUUCUUCCUCACCCUUAGCCCUAAGUAACCCUAGUACAGGGUAAAUAGUGUAGUAAUAGGUAAUUAUAAUACUUGUUACACUUUAAUUACAGGAAUAAUUACACAGUAGUAAGGGCACUGUAAUGUGUAACUAAAGAGGACGGUUUAUAGAGUUUAUUUGCUAGUACACUUUCAGUAGCCUAUGUUGUUACACUGUAAACCAACAGUCCAGUGGACACUGACUGCAUUUCAGUGCAUUGAUACAGGAUUCCAUUUCACAUGUUCCAUGAAACACGGAUGGAUGUAACUUGUCAGUUGUUAGAGAGACCUCUAACCAUAACCCCUGACCUGUUGUCUGUUCUUUCCACUGUGUCCAACUGCCUCACUCUGACCUCCUCUCUCUGUGUCUUACAGGUUCAUGUUGGUGGUGAAGACUAUGUCCACCUGCGCGUGUAUAGAAUGCUCCCACACUACGGAAGCAAACUGGAGCUGACCAGGCUGCAGGAGUCCAAAGCCCACAGCGACCCCAUCGAGUACUUCGAAUGAACCCUGACCUUUGACCCAAUCAAGUACUUCUGAUGACCCCUGUGACCCAGCCGCAGUCCGAGCUGAACCCCAGUGCCUACACUACCCAAUCCACCACAGCCUCCUUUCCCUACACAUAAUAGAUCUGUGGUCAUUCUACAGCCCUGGUAGCGUUUUCAUUAUCGGUUUUCAGUGUGUUUCUUAAUAAGGAUUUUAUAAUAUGUAGCUGAUAGGAAACAUUUUUUAUGUAUAAAGGGAAGGGAAAUUGAAAUAAUAAAUGAGCUCCAAACAUGAA